AUGUUUGAGCCACGCCCUCUGACUAGUGACUCCGACAAGGUCGCAGCAGAUGUCUCGACCACCGUGACGGAGAUCCCCUUGGAGGAUACGCUCCCCCAGCGGUUUGUACCUCAGAAUACCUGGAUGAAGGCAACCCCGCAUCCGGUUGAGCGCACAGUUGGCGAGGUCUUUCAAUCCCAUGUCCUGGAGCGGCCGGAUGCCCUCGCUGUUUGCGCCUGCGAUGGCACUUACACUUAUCGAGAGCUGGACAAGCUUUCGACCGCGAUGGCUCAUGAGCUGCGUCGUCAAGGCGUGACGGCGGAGGUUCUCGUGGCCCUUCUAUUCGAAAAGUCCAAGUUCAUCGUGGUUGCCAUGCAUGCCGUCCUCAAGGCCGGGGGUGCGAUCAUGUUUUGGGAUCCCAGUCUUCCCGUGGACCGCUUACGCGGCAUCUUCGCUGAGUCCGGGGCCCAGAUGGUUCUGUCAUCAAGCACGACUGCUGGGAUGGCGGCCCAGAUCAGCUCUCACACAAUCAUCGUGGAUGAAGAGCAUAUCCCGGCGCCGUCCUCCGAGGCUCUAGUCACCACCCACCGGCCCAAUAGCGCCCUCUACAGCGUCUUCACCUCCGGUUCUACCGGGAAACCCAAGGGCUUCAUCAUGGAACACCGUGCGCUGGUAACCUGCGCCCUGGCCUGUGGCCAGCAAUUGGGUAUCACGAAGGAAUCCCGAACUCUACAGUUCUCCUCCAACUCCUUUGACCUGGCGACCUUUGAGCACUUGAUUCCUUUUGUGUUCGGGGCAUGCAUCUGCAUUCCGUCCGAGGAGGAGAGAAAGGGUGAUCUGACCCGCGCCCUCGACAAGUAUCAAGUCUCGUUGGCCAUGAUGACGCCCUCGGUGAGCCGUCUGCUGGAGCCACAGCACCUGCCGCUGCUGCGGACCGUGAUGCUGUGCGGUGAGCCGGUCUCGGUGGACGAUGUGCGCCGCUGGUCCGCCCAUGUUCAUCUGCACAAUGGCUACAGCCCUGCUGAGGCUGGGUGUAUCAACAUCCUCAAUUCCGCCAUGACGGAGGCUCACCCCAACAACAUCGGAUUUUCAACCGGUGUGAUUCCGUGGGUGGUGGACCCAGACAAUCACGAUCGCCUGCUACCGGUUGGGGAGGUUGGAGAGCUGAUUAUCCAGGGACACGCUGUCGGACGAGGCUACUUUGGCAGUCCGGAACGGAACAAGGCUUCAUUUAUCGAUGCGCCUGCCUGGGUCGGUGACUUCGGUCGGGAAUCAUACGGAUCCUUCUACAAGACUGGCGAUCUCGUGCGCUACGAGCCCAGUGAUGGAUCGAUGCAGUUCCUGGGCCGUAAAGACACGCAGGUGAAGCUGCAUGGACAGCGCCUGGAGCUGGGAGAGGUUGAGGACCAGCUACGACGCCAUUUCGCUCCACCACACGCUGUCAUCGUAGACCUUGUGACACCAAAGAAUCGUGAGCCGAAUCUUAUUGCAUUCGUGAGCCGUUCGCAGGACAUGACGGUGGCUGCAAAUGAUGCUCUCCAGGAGGAUCACUUCCUGGUACCGGACGAGCAGUUUGUUAUCGCCGCCAGAGAGGCACAGGCUGCUCUUCGGGCUGUGCUGCCCUCAUAUAUGGUGCCAUCGGAAUUCUUCCUUCUCUCCCACCUCGUCAUGCUACCGUCUGGCAAGACAGACCGCCGGUCCAUUCGCACGGCUGCCGCAGACCUUGCACCGACCGCCAGGCGAAAGUAUAGCAGUAUGCUUGAAAGCGCUCAAGACCGGCCAGCAACGGACCUCGAGGAGCUCGUGCUGGCGCUGUGGGCGACAAGCCUGAAUAUGCCUGCAGCAGAGAUUGGUGUGCGGGACAAUUUCUUCAACCUUGGGGGGAGCUCUUUGGAUGCCCUUCGCCUUGCGGCUAGUGCACGUAAGAUGGGUUAUAGCGACUUGCCCUCUGGCGUGGUGUUCAAAUACCCAACAGUGCGCUCCAUGGCCGGCGUUCUGGAGGGAACUAAUCAGCAACGGUCGAUCGCCUCACAGCCAGCAGAGUCCGUCCAGUUAGAGCCAUCCCUUGUCGCUCAGCUCUUGUCCAAAGCUCGUAUACAGACGGAUGAGCUUGAACACCCCGGCUUCCUGCCGAUGACCGCCUUCCAACGAAAGUCUGCCGGCUUGAAAUGCAUGCAUAUCGUUCUGGAUAUCUCGGGCGUCGAUCACUCCCGACUGCAGGCUGCAUGGGGUCUUGUCCAGGAAAGACACAUUUCCCUCCGUUCGGUGUAUAUCCCUCAUCUCGACCACGUUUAUCAGGGCUUUCUGCGCCGCGCAAACCUCAUGAUUCCCAUCCAAGAAUGCGACCAACCGGCCCAAGACUUUGCAACUGCCUUCUGCGACAAGGACGCUGAGCCGGUCCUUGACGGUCGUCCCUGGUGGCAAUUGACGCGGAUCAAUAGUACUCAAGAUGGUAGCAGUGCACUCAUCAUUCGGACCACCCACGCACAAUUUGAUGCCAUGACCCUUGGUGUCAUUUUCAAUGAUUUUAUGGCGGCCAUGGAGAACGGCCAGCUGUCUGCACGGGAGCGACAGUUCUCCGACUAUAUGACCCGUCGUGUGCAACACAAUUCAUCCCAGGCAACAGUAGAGUUCUGGUCGAAGUUCCUGCAAGGUUCCCAGAUGAGCCAACCCGUGUUCACUGAUGCCUCGGCGGCUUCUCUUCCCGAUGACCAUAUCGGCAUGGUGUACGUGAUGAGGCCGAUUCAGUCCGUCUCGACUCCUCCAACCGGCAUCACUAUGGCGUCUGCAUUCCGCGCGGCGUGGGCCUUCGUUCUUGCCAACUAUACGGGGCAGCAUGAUCUCGUAUUCGGCGAGUUCAUCGAAGGCCGCACCCUUCCCCUGCUGGAGGAUGUAGAGAACAUCACCGGUUGCACCGCGGCAGAGACGCCUAUGCGGAUCCUCAUCCCUCAGCACGCAGGAGCCACCGUUCAGGAUCUGCUUUCUCACUCCCAGGAGCAAUAUAUCGCCCGUCUUCCGUACGAGACCUCUGAGCUGCCGGAUCUGGUUCCCCUCUGUGCUCCUCUGUGGCCCAAGCAAACAAGCCAAUUCAGUCAUCUGCUCGUAGUUGAGAAUACUUCGGCUAUUCCCCCCGUGACUGUGGAUGGCCGUGUGCUGGAGCACCGAUGGGCCUUCCAUGGCCGCCUGGAAGACGUGCAGAUCCAGUUGGUUCCGAUGAAAGACUCGUUGCAUGUAGCUAUCCUGGGGCCUGAGAUCCGAUUGACAAACGGAAUUGCAGAUAUGUUGGUGGGUAGGCUGGCAUCGACUCUGAACCAGUUCAUUGAGAAGCCUGAUGCGUUGCUUGCGGAGAUUCAAUGGGAAUAG